CAGAAGGCAGGGGAGAUCCACAAAAACAGUUGUGUUUUGGUUUUGGCAUAUGGAUGAAUGAUGUCGGAUUGAAAUUGCGCAACCAAGCAGAUGUUGGCCCAAUCGCUUUACUGUUCAAAUUCUCUCCGUAAGAAGAAGUUUCUUACAAUCAAUCCUCCCUAUUGGGGAUGAUUAUUGUAAAAGCCUGCAAAAUCAAGACCGUUGAACGUGCACAAAAUUCCAUCUUUUUUUCCCUCUUCUCUUCUUCUUCUUCUUCUUCUUCUUCUUCUUCUUCUUCUUCUUCUUCUUCUUCUUCUUCUGCUUUCCAUUUCAUUUCUCAAAAAGCUUCCAACAAUGAAGCCACUCUUCAACUGAAAGUAACACCCACGAUCUGUUUUUCCCUGUUUUUCCCAUAUGGGUCGCCCUUUCUAUUCUUUUUUUUCUUCCUUAUGGAUCACCUUCUUCUUCUUCUUCACAUCUUUCAUGUGUCUUUUCGUUACUGCUGAUGAUCCCGAUAGAUUAACUCCAAUCAACCACGAUCUUUAUCAUUCUAGAAAUUUGAUGUAGUGGCUAGAUAUGUGUGUAUUUGACUUUCCCAAUUCUGGAAAAAGGUGUUGAUUUGAUGAAGGAGAUAGAAGCUUUGGUCCAUCGACACCCAGAUAAGCUGACUAUAGAGACAAUGAAGUCCAAAAAUAAGGGCUAUGCUGCAGAGAUUCCAGUUGUUACAUAUCGCCGUGGAAGGAAUAACAUUGAUGACACCUCAAAAUUCCGGAUACUUCUUAGUUUUGGACAGCAUGGAAGGGAGCUCAUAACAACAGAAGUUGCACUAAGAAUUCUCUUAAUCUUGAGUGAAGAACAUUUGUUGCCCCACAUGGAUCGAGCUUCCUUAAACAACACACUUGAUAAGCUUGUCAUUAAGGUGGUGCCAAUGGAAAACUUAAAUGGGCGAAGGCUUGUCGAGGGUGGGGAUUUAUGUGAAAGAAGAAAUGGGAGAGGUGUUGAUUUGAACAGGAAUUGGAGUGUCGAUUGGGGUAAAAAGGAAAAGGAUUAUGAUCCUUAUGAGGAAAAUCCUGGAUUUGCACCUUUCAGCGAACCCGAAACUCAAAUUAUGCGAAAAAUUGCCUUAAGAUUUGAUCCACAUAUAUGGGUCAAUGUGCACUCUGGAAUGGAGGCUUUAUUCAUGCCUUAUGACCACAAAAACACAACUCCUGACGGUGAAAUUGCUCAACAAAUGAAACUUCUGCUUGAAGAGCUGAAUCAUCUCCAUUGCCACAGCCGCUGCAUGAUAGGAUCUGGCGGAGGUUCUGUCGGGUAUCUGGCACAUGGGACAGCCACAGAUUUCAUGUUUGACAAGGCUCGAGUUCCUAUGGCUUUCACAUUUGAGAUAUAUGGAGACGAAGCUGCCUCAUCAAAAGACUGCUUUAGAAUGUUCAAUCCCACGGAUCCCAAUACCUUCAACAGGGUGCUUAGCGAUUGGUCUGCUGCAUUUUUUACAAUAUUUAAGAUGGGUCCCGAGUAUCUUGACGAAACUGAGUUCCAUCCAAAGAGCAACGUAGACAAGCUGGUGUCCAUUGAUGAAUAUCUUGAAGGUUACUUGAUUGAGAGAAGUAGCAGAUAUGGAAAGAAGAGGGAGGUGUUUGACCUAGGGAUGCAAGAGAUGAGAACUUAUUUUAGGCUAUUUUUGUUGUCAUCAGUUUUAUUGAUGUUCAUGUUUUGUUCUAGAAUUUCUAAAAACAAGUUCACCAGACCACUUGUUUCUGCCAUUUCCAUUUGAGAAUAUGUUUAGUUUCUGAACUCCACAUGUCUAGUGCCAUAUUUUAUUCAAAAAGAGUUAUUAUAGAUGAUCUCAUAUUUGUAAGGUCAGUGAGUUACUAUUUAACCAAGUAUCAAAGUUACAUUUGUAUGGUUUUCUCCA